AUGCAGCACCAAUGUACUGAACAUCCUCGUGAAGCAGCUGCUGUCACCUUCUCCAGUUGCCCCGGUGCACGCAAAGAGACGGCACUGAAUUGGAACCCUGCCUCAGCGAAUAACAUCCAUGCAGCAUCCAGGAGAAGGGGCACUGCGAAGCGGCAAGCUGCACUCAUUAGUGCACUACUGGCAGCUUUUUUGGUUAAUAUGUUCUGGCUGUCUCCUGCUUCCAGCAAGCUUUUGAAAUCACGACAGGGUGCUGAAAUGAUGUUCUCCCUCGGUGAUCCUGCUCCCCAUGGGACUGAGCACCGCUCCCAAAGAACUAACCUGCGUGACCUCACGGUGCGUGCAAAUACUCUCGCUGCAAGCGAAGAAGCAAAGAAGGAAAAGGAGUAUGCGGAGCAAUAUAUGGAUCCUCUGUAUAACAGGGUGUCAGUGGCGGAGAGACUAGUGGAUGUAAAGUUAAAAGGCCUAGAAUGCGUAGUUAGUAGGCUAAUAACAGCUUGGAAUUCAGCAACCUCAAGGGUAAGAGAUGCAUUCAUACACAAUUAUAUGCCAAGUACUUACGACAGUUUGCCUUCAGAGGAGCCCAUGAUGUUCUAUCUGAGGACAGCUGCGGCUGUUGCCAAAGCGUGGCCUGAGCAGGUGGCCCCCCAACUAAUCCAGGACUUUUUGAAGGAAGUUCGGUUCGUGGACUCCGUAUUGAAAGCAGCCACUGAUCGCAUCGAGUUCUUGUGCAAACUCGAGCAGGUCUGCUCAGAGUUUCAAGUUGGUUCAUUGUUGCUAGGCAUCGCAUCGCCCCCUCUACCAACAUUGCAGACCCUACAAAAAGACCAGGAUGAAAUAAGUUUCGAUGAGUUUUUUGAAAUGCUUCCGUGGCCACGCAGUGUCGUCUCUAUUGAAUCAAAUGGAAAUGAGAGGAUUCCGAAGUCCUUGGCACGGCGACUGGCAGGCGUUGCACUGGCGGAGGUGUUGGAAUCUUCUAGCGAUUUAAAUGUACGAAACAUUAUUGCUAGCUGUGCUUAUUCAACACGUUCUGGAGUGACAGUCGCACAUAUCGACCACUCAAUUUUUUCCGCUUCUGUCCUUGAUGAGCCCCUUAACAGGGCAGCUGCCAGGUUGCACAUCUUCGGGUCAAAUGUCGUUGAAGGCUGGGCGCAAAAGUGGAACUUAAAAAGUGGUAUAAUUCAGUUGAAUCUUUUGGAAGAGGACGCGAAGCUUCGAUAUCUGGAAAGGAUCCAAGAAAAGAAGAAUCCAUGUGUAGAUGGCAUCAUCCAGUUGACGUGUGCCCUGCUCUAG